CGCCAUUUGUCAGUCAUGCAUCGGUUCGGCAUUGCGUUCGACAUUGACGGCGUCCUGAUUCGAGGCGGAAAGGCGCUGCCCCAUGCCGCCAAGAUCAUCCGCCAGCUCCAGCAGAAGCAAGUCCCGCACAUUUUCUUGACGAAUGGCGGCGGGUGUCGCGAAGAGAAAAAGACGCACACGCUGAGUCAAAUCCUGGACCUGCCUCUGCGUCACGAGCAAAUGAUCUUGUCGCAUACUCCGAUGCGAGAUCUUGCCAAAACGUUUGGAAAUUCCAAGGUGCUUGUGCUCGGCGCAUACGAAGUCAUGGAUGUGGCCCAGCACUAUGGGUUCAACAAGGUCGUGUCGGUGCAAGACAUCGCUCGGCAGUCGCCAUCCCAGUACCCAUUCGUGAAAUGGGACCCCACACCGAGUCCAUUUCCCGACGAGCCCAUUGACGCCAUCGUCGUGUUGCAUGAUCCGAUCCAUUGGGCCCAAGAUCUCCAGAUUGCCGUGGACGUCCUCGUGGGCGGCACUCCGCUCGGGUCUGGACACAAACAGGGUCGCCAAACUCCUCUUUUUGUCAGCAACGACGACUUUACUUUCAGUGGCGAGUACCCCGUCCCUCGCUUCGCCCAAGGUGCAUUCACGAGGUGCUUGCAGCUAUUGUACGAACAACACACUGGGCAAUCUCUCCAAGUCCAUCGCUUUGGCAAGCCGCAUGCUGUCACGUAUCGGUUUGCCGAACACGUGAUGCACUCGCAAGCUGGCAUGGCGAAAGUCGAGCGAUUUUACGGAAUUGGAGACAACCCGUACAGUGACAUUCAAGGAGCCAACAACGCCGGGGACCACUGGACCAGUGUGCUCGUGCGGACGGGUAUCUUCACCGACGUGGACAACCACCAGCAGCACCCGGCUGACGUCGUCGUGGACGGUGUGGACGACGCCGUCGAGUGGAUCUUGGCGCAAGAAGCGUCGUUCUCGAUGGGAUAAAAAAGGACAAGUCAUAAUCGAUAUGCAAAGAUCAACCAAUCCAACGAAGAAAAUAACUCAACAGGCAAGUGAAUUGGAAUUGCCCACCACCUACAGGGUUGAGUUUCCAUGAAUAAUCAAUCGUACCCCC